AUGCAUGCCUGCUGGGUACAAGUUCAUCUUAGGACAUCCAGGCACCUUCAGUUUGAGCUCCUCUUCACUUUUUUGUGACUUAAUGACACUGAUAUUAUUUGGCUCUCUUUCUUUCAUUUUGCAAAACAUGUGCAUCAUUUUAAAAACAGAAACAUUAAUUCAGCAUUUAACUUUCCAUCUGCUUCUAAUUUUUCCAAAAAAUGGAGUAUGUAUUUUUUUGUCAUCACACACCAUGAGGCUUAACUCUUGAGGAAAUAAAUGCAUUGUUUGAAGGUUUUUUCCCUCACAGCCUCCCUGAAUGGAUGGAGCAGUUGUGGCAAAGACCGUGGCGCACAGCAGCUGAGCGGAGAGAGAGGAGGGCGCAUGAAAAACGGGCUUGUAGAGACCAGAGUCAUUACGAUCACUCUCCGGCGGCACGGGCGCACCGCAGACACAUUACAGGGUAACUGAUGGUUGCAAGUAUAAAGAAUGGCCUUAGAAGGAAAAACGAAUAGGACUAAUAAAAACACCUGAGGACCGUGGCAAAAGGAGGGAAGAGUGACUGACUCCCUAUGGAGGAGAGCGCAGAGAGGGUGAGCUCCUUCUCCUUCGAUUGGUACCAAGAUACAAGUUGGAUGCAUGCCAAGGAAAUGUGGAUUUUUGGAGACUGUAUAUUUCAAUUUGUCACUUCAAUAGUUGGAAUUUUUCAAUUUUUUCAAUCUUCGGAUUUGUUGGGUGAUUUUCAUGCCAACUGAAGACGUCCCGAUCCUCUUCAUGCACAUAGUGCAGCGCACCGAGUCUACAAUUUAACAACUUGAAACAUAAUAAUAAUUAAACCAAACUGCGCCUCAUGCAACUCGUAUAUGUCGCUGCCAAGCAUCAUUUCGGUGGACUACAAAAAUAGAUGUUGAAUGUUUUUGAAAGUGGAGCGGACGUUUUGCUGCGUCCGCACAAAUUGGCACGCAAACUAAACUCAAAUUAAAAAAAAAAAGAAAAAAAGACCUCGCAUCUGGAUUACAGCGACAUGUCACCAUGAACGGAAGAUCAGCAACAUUUAUGUGCUUUCCCACAUGUGACGAAACAGACCUGUAAGCUGCACAUCCGUUUUUUAAAAAGGGACUCCUGAGACUUUUGAAGCUUUUGCAGCCAGAAUGGUUUUGGCUAAGCACUCAGGUGGAAACGUUUGUUUGAGACUGUGCCAUGGACUGUCAGGAAGCUGCAUUGAAAUAAAUAAAUGAAAAGCAACACCUACAGCUGGGGCGCAUCAGCGUCGAUACAUGCACCAAUAUUAUCACGCAGACACGCCUCGAGGAUCAUUAAACAAAUCAGAUAAACGCAGCGCAAAAAAACGUCAAUAGAUGUUAUUGAUGAGGAGGUAUAUAAGGGUAAUGAUUGGCCGAGCCUCUGUUUACUCAACAGCUCGGCAACGAUAUUGUGUGAAACUUUCGCUGAGGGCUCAACAAAAGAGGCAUACAGUAAGAGUAGAAAAAAGAACUGUAUUUCAUAUAUAAGUUUUUGUUGCUUUUUAUUUUUUCAUACAGUGUGGAUUUGAAGACAAACAGCUCCUACUCCUCAAACUAGAAUGUCUGCUGUCUGUGCUGCUGCUGCAGGAAUUUCCGAACCAGACAUUUUUGGGAGGCAUAUCUCUGAAGGGACUAUUUUGAAAUAUUUAUAGCAGCUCUUGUGCAAGGAUGGUGGUUGUGAUAAGGAGCCUAUGGAUGACCCAGUCCGUGGGAGAGCUGGUGCCGAGACAGUUGACCUCCCCACCAGCUACACCGUCUGCUUAAAACUCCUCCCCAGAGAGGCGCAGCUGCUGCGGGCUGGGGAUGUGAUGGGGUGACUGUUGACACCCCCCUCACCCACCCCCUCUCUCACUUUAUUAGCAGUGUGAAAUAGAAACAAUGGAUCAGAAUUUCUCAACAGUUCGAGAUGGCAAGCACCUUCUGGCGCAGAGAGAUAGAGACUCAUCUAAACGCGUGUUGACAGGAUGCUUCCUCUCCCUCCUCAUCUUUACCACACUGCUAGGCAACACACUUGUAUGUGUUGCCGUUACCAAAUUCCGACACCUGAGGUCCAAGGUCACCAACCUUUUUGUCAUCUCACUGGCCAUCUCUGACCUUCUGGUGGCUGUCUUGGUAAUGCCAUGGAAGGCAGCGAUGGAGAUCAUGGGGUUCUGGCCGUUUGGCGCAUUCUGCAAUGUGUGGGUGGCGUUUGACAUCAUGUGCUCCACUGCCUCCAUCUUAAACUUGUGUGUCAUUAGUGUUGACCGUUACUGGGCCAUCUCGAGCCCAUUCCGUUAUGAACGCAAGAUGACCCCAAAAGUGGCGUGUCUGAUGAUGAGCGUGGCCUGGACUCUGUCCAUCCUCAUCUCCUUCAUUCCUGUCCAGCUUGACUGGCACAAAGCUCAGACCACCACCUUCGCAGACUUAAAUGGAACUCUUCCUGAAGAUCUGCCUCCUGACAACUGCGACUUCAGCCUUAACAGGACCUAUGCCAUCUCCUCCUCCCUUAUCAGCUUCUACAUUCCCGUGGCUAUUAUGCUUGUCAUCUACACCCGCAUCUACCGCAUCGCCCAGAAACAGAUCAGGAGAAUAUCUGCACUGGAGCGGGCGGCUGAGAGUGCCAAAAACCGUCACAGCAGCAUGGGGAAUAGUUCCAACAUGGAGAGCGAGAGCUCGUUCAAAAUGUCGUUUAAGCGAGAAACCAAAGUCUUAAAGACACUCUCAGUCAUCAUGGGAGUGUUUGUGUGCUGCUGGUUGCCCUUCUUUGUCCUCAACUGCAUAAUCCCUUUCUGUGAGGUGCCAGAAGAUUCCACUGAGUUCCCCUGCAUAAGCUCCACCAUAUUUGAUGUGUUUGUGUGGUUCGGCUGGGCAAACUCCUCGCUCAACCCCAUCAUUUAUGCCUUCAAUGCCGACUUCCGCAAGGCCUUCUCCAUCCUCCUGGGCUGCCACAGGCUCUGCCCAGGGAGCAAUGCCAUUGAGAUUGUCAGUAUUAACAACAACAUGGGUGCCCCUACCUCAAACCCCAACAGUCAGUAUCAGCCCAGGAGUCACAUCCCUAAGGAGGGAAACCAUUCAGCCAGCUAUGUGAUCCCCCACAGCAUCCUGUCCCAGGAGGAGGAGUUACAGAAGAAGGAUGGAUGCGGAGGGGAGAUCGAGGUGGGGAUGGCAAACAAUGUGCUGGAGAAAGUCUCCCCAGCCAUCUCUGGGAAUUUAGACAGCGACACAGAGGUCACACUGGAAAAGAUCAAUCCCAUCACACAGAAUGGACAGCAUAAAGCCGUGACAUGUUAAGGAAAGGCAAAGUUGGAUCUGAGGCAUGUAUGUGCGCACAAAGGGAAGAAAAGCUUACACAGGACAGCUAAGGGAAACAGAGAGACAUCAAAGAACAUGCCUGACAGAAAAACAGUGAGUGGGGAUAUACAGGACCUUUAGACUGUCAACAAAAACCUACAGAAUGUUUCAAAGUAAAGGCACUUUAUCCUGGAUAUAACUAUCUGCAAAAUACAUUCAGCAUUUAUUGAUGAAAUUGACCCAUUUGAUGAUAAAUGUUGAUAAUACAAAAACAAAAGCAGAACACUAGUUAUGUGCAUAUGUAUACAUUUUUCAUAUGUACAAAGAUGUAUACAUCCGCAUGUGUGUAUUGUACAGUACUGACACAAUCCUGGGGGGACUUUAACACAGUAUGUGAAGGAAGAUGUAGUUACUAUUAGCAAAAUGUCUUGUAAGUAGGUGCUUUAUAUGUGUUUUAAUGGAUGAGGGAGCAGUGUGGGUAAAAUGGUUUUGGUACAGUUUGAUCAGUUUAUUGCAGUUAUUUCUCUAUAAUACAUUUGAAUGAAGUCAAUUUCAAAAUCAAAACACCUGUAUUGCUGUGGUAAUUUGAGUUGCUUCAGACACCAAAGUACCAAUAUUCUGAU